ACUCUGAGCAUCGACAUCGUCCCGUAUAUUCCGGGCAAUAUCAUUUCGUGCAGUCGCCAUGUUUAGAUGUCUGUGGUUCGCGUGUCCUUGAGGGCGGCAUCCCAGUGACGAACGUAAAAAUUUUAUUUCAACAUUCAAUACCAUACUUGGGUGAAAAAAAAAAAAAAAAAAAAAAAAAUUUUUUUUUUUUUUUUUUUAAAGUUUAAAUAAUAAUAAUAAUAGUUUUUAAAACAUUGUAUCACAUGUGGUGGUUAAUAAGUGAUAUUUACAAUUUAUUUAUUAAUAAUAAAAUGUUUAAAUUAAAUUAAUUAUAAACUAUGCAAAAUGUGCACUUAACAAUUUUGUGAUUACAUUAUGUGUGAUGUGUAAUGAGUGAUAAACAGGGCGCGCCUACUUUGCCGCCCCUGUCUGGGGGUGGAAGUAAUAAUAAUGGUGGUAAUCCAGGUAAUAAUAAUACCCAACAAACAACUCUUAGUAUCCAGCAAGUAUUGGCUACUGGACAAGGACUCAAUGUCAUCACAACAAGUGGACAACAAUUUGUCAUUACAUCACAAGUACCUGGACUUAAUCAGAUGAUAACGAGUUCAACAACAAAUGCUGGUAUUCAGCAAGUUGGUGUUACCAGGAUAGUCAAUAUAAAUAAUCAAACACCACGUGUUGUUGGUGUUGCAACUUCUAGUGGUGGUACAACAUCAUCAACACCAAAUCGUAUAAAUACAACAAAAGUUGUAUUAUCAACAUCACCAAAAUUAAUAAAAACAUCAAUUGGUAAUAUGUUUUUAACACCAACAUCAGUUGCAUCAUUAAAUACAUCAUCACCACCAUUAAAAAAAUUAAAAUUAAAUGAUACAAAUGAUAAAUCAACACUUAAUGAUGAUACAAUAUGUUAUCGUAAUCGUAUUAUGGAUAGUAAAAUUCAUAGAAUGAGUUCAUUACGUGAUAAAUAUAUUGAUAAUGUAACUGAAUUAUAUUAUUUAUUAAAUGAUGGUAAUAUGAUGGAUUUUCAAUAUUGGAGAAAAAAAUUACCAACAUCUGAUUAUUUAAAAUUUUUAAAAUCACAAAAACUUGAUGCAAAUGAUAAUGAUGAAGAUUUAUUAGCACCAAUGACAACAGUUAUUAAUAAUUUAUUAAAAAAUACAAAUUUAUUAACAAAUUCAAAUGAAGUUAAAGUAAGUGGUGUUGGUGUUACACCAAUUGCUGUAUCAACAACAUUACCAGCAGCUGUAGCACAACUAAGUCAACAAGUAGGUCAAUUACCAGGUAGACCCCAAGGUGGUCGUCAUGGCAUGAUUUUUGCUAUAAGGACGUCUAUACAACCACCAACAAUCACAGUUCACCCUCCACCUAAUACUUCUACUAUUGCACCUACCAUAAUUAUAGGUGGAACACCAACACCAUCAACUCUAGAGCCAGUAAAAAUAUCAUCAAUAUCACAAGUGCCAGUGUCAUCAACAUCAACAACAACAGCAACAACAGCUGCAGUAACGACAGCAACAACAACAGUAACAACAACAGCAGUAGCUCCAAUUGUUACGAAAGCAGUAAUAACAACAACAACACUAACGACUGCAGCACCAACAGCAACAACAACUCAAUCAAUAACAUCAACAACAUCAACAGUUAAAACAACAACAACAGCAUCAAUAUCAACAGCUAUAACAUCAGCAAGUGUAUCACAACCAGUUGUUAAAUUAGUUAAAUUACCACAACAACAAGUACCAUCACCAACAACAUCAACAUCUUCAUCACCGUCAUCAUCAUCAUUAAUUACAAAUGAUUGUCAUAAUAAUCAAGAACAAAUUGUUGAAAAAGCUAAACAAGAAGCAUAUGUUAUGCAAAGAAUAAAUGAAUUACAACGUGAUGGUUUAUGGUCAGAAAGAAGAUUACCUAAAAUUCAAGAACCAACACGUACAAAAGCACAUUGGGAUUAUUUACUUGAAGAAAUGGUAUGGCUUGCUGCUGAUUUUGCACAAGAAAGAAAAUGGAAAAAAGCUGCUGCUAAAAAAUGUGCUAGAAUGGUACAAAAACAUUUUCAAGAAAAAGCAAUACAAGCACUUAAAGCUGAAAAAUUACAAGAACUUAGACUUAAAAAAAUUGCUGGUUUUGUUGCUAAAGAAGUUAAGACAAAUGUUGAAAAGCUAGUUGAAAUUAAACAACAAACAAAACUUGAAGAAAAACGUAAAAAAGCACUUGAUCAACAUCUUAAUUUUAUUGUUGGUCAAACUGAAAAAUAUUCAACAUGGUUAACAGAGGGUCUUAAUAAAACAGAUGGUAAUCAAAGUGUACCAGCAUCAAUAAAUAGUUCACGUAUAUCAUCACCAGUACCAACAAGUAAAACAAAUUCAGAUGAUGAAUUUGAACCAAAUCAAUGUUCAGAUGAUGAUGAAGAAACAAUUGCAAAAGCUGAAGAAGAAAUGAAAUCAAUGAAUCAUAAAGAAGAAGUUGAAUUAUUAAAAAAAGAAUCUGAAUUACCAUUAGAAGAUUUACUUAAAGAAUUACCACCAAAUUAUUUAGAAGAAAGAGAUCAAGAAUUACAAAUAAAUAAUGAAGAAGAACAAGGUGGUGAAGAAGAAGGUGAAGAUAAUGAUGAUGUAGUAGAAGGAGAAGAAGAAGAUGAUGAUGAAGAAGAAAAAAGUCAACAAGAUAAUGAAAAUAAUGCUGAUGAUGAAUUUCAUAUAGCUAGUGGUGAAUCAACUGAUGAUGAUGAAGAUACAAUUAUGGAACAAGAAAAAAAUGAAAGUAAAAUUGAUCAUAAACAAGAAAUUGAUGAUUUAAAUGCUGAAAAUGAAAUGUCUAUUGAUGAAUUAAUGGCUAAAUACAGUGGUUUAAAUCAGCAACCAAUGGAAGUUGAAGAUGACAGUGAUGAUCAAGAUUCUGAAAAAGAAUCAGAAAAAGCUGUUGAUGAUGAUGAAGAUGAUGAUAAAUCAUCAAGUGAAUGUGACAGUGAUGAUGAAACAACUGAAAAAUUACAAAAUCAAAGUGAUGAUGAAACAAGUAUUGGUCUUAAAUCAUUAUUUGAAGAUUUUGAUAAAAGUAAUGUUGAACAAUCAUCACAAUCAGAUACACAUGAUGAAAUGGAUGAUGUUGCUGCACUUGCUGAAAGUAUACAACCAAAAGGAAAUACAUUAUUAACAACAAGUGUUGUAACGAAAAUUCCAUUUUUAUUGAAACAUUCACUUCGUGAAUAUCAGCAUAUUGGAUUGGACUGGUUGGUGACAAUGUUUGAUAGAAAAUUAAAUGGUAUAUUAGCUGAUGAAAUGGGUCUUGGUAAAACAAUUCAAACAAUAGCAUUAUUAUCACAUUUAGCAUGUGAAAAAGGUAAUUGGGGACCACAUUUAAUAAUAGUACCAACAUCAGUUAUGCUUAAUUGGGAAAUGGAAUGUAAAAAAUGGUGUCCUGGUUUUAAAAUAUUAACAUAUUAUGGUACACAAAAAGAACGUAAACAAAAAAGAACUGGAUGGACAAAACCAAAUGCAUUUCAUAUUUGUAUAACAUCAUACAAAUUAGUCAUUCAAGAUCAUCAAAGUUUUCGUAGAAAAAAAUGGAAAUAUUUAAUUCUUGAUGAAGCACAAAAUAUUAAAAAUUUCAAAUCACAAAGAUGGCAACUACUGCUUAAUUUUCAAACUCAAAGACGAUUAUUAUUGACUGGUACUCCGUUACAAAAUAAUUUAAUGGAAUUAUGGUCUUUGAUGCAUUUUUUAAUGCCAAAUGUAUUUCAAUCACAUCGAGAAUUUAAAGAAUGGUUCAGCAAUCCAGUGACUGGAAUGAUUGAAGGAAACAAUCAAUUCAACGAAAAUGUUAUUCGUCGUCUUCACAAGGUUUUACGUCCAUUUUUAUUACGAAGAUUAAAGUGUGAAGUUGAAAAACAAUUGCCAAAAAAAUAUGAACACGUUAUAAUGUGUAGAUUAUCAAAACGUCAAAGAUUUUUGUAUGAUGAUUUUAUGUCACGUGCUAAAACAAAAGAAACACUUGCAAGUGGUAAUUUAUUAAGUGUAAUAAAUGUACUGAUGCAGCUACGUAAAGUAUGUAAUCAUCCAAAUUUAUUUGAAGUACGUCCAACAGUAUCACCAUUUCGUAUGGAAGUAUUAGAAUACAUAACAGCAUCAUUAGUAUGGAAUGCACUUGAUUAUAAUCCAAUGAAACAUGUUGAUUUAAAUUAUUUAAAUUUAAAUCUUAUAAAUUAUGAAAAAACAAUAACAGCAUUUGCAUCACAUCGUGUACGUAAAUGUCAAGUACCACGUAAAUUAAUUGAAGAAAUUGAUACACAACCAUUACCACCACCAAAAUGUCCAUCUGGUAAAAUUAAAAUAAAUGUUAGAUUAUCAAAUCAAGUUAAAGCACCACCAACAAUACCACAAAUGAAUCAACAAAAAAUUAAAAAUAUAUCAAGUUUAUUACCAUCAUCAUCAAGUAAUACAUCAAUUACAAAUAAAAGUGGUAAUAAUGGACAGGGUGUUACAUUGAGAGUUGCUAGUGGACAACAAUUACAAGGCUAUGCAGUACAAAUUGUACAACAUCAAUGCAAUGUAAAAGCAAUUCCAGUUGCUCAUACAUCACAAGUAUCAACAUCAUUAGCCACAACAACGACGACAACAACAACAACAUCAUCAACAUCAUUAACAACAUUAACAACAACACCAUCAACAUCAAAUACAUCCAGAAUAACAGUAUCAAAUCCAACUAUGCGUGAUGUUAUACCACGUUUAACUUUUAAAUCGGGUGAAAAUUUACAACGUAUUAAUGUACCAAGUUUUGCUCAAUUUGUACACACACCAACUGGUAGACAAAUAAUAUUAACAUCAAGUCAAUCAAAUACAUCAUCAACAGUAUCAUUUCCAGUAAUGACAACAACAAGUGGUCAAAGAUUAACAGUAUUAUCACCAAAAAUAAUGGGUUUAUCAUCAGCAGUUACUGGACGUCCAGUUAUGCGUGUACCACCAUUAAGUGUUACAACAACACAAUCAUCACCAACAACAUUAUCAUCAUCGUCAUCUUCUUCUUCUUCAUUAUCAUCGUCAUCUUCUUCAACAAGUGGACAAUUACGUUGUGGUAUUGUUACAAAAAAUAUACAAAAAGAUUGUAAUAAUCAACAACAAAAAUUACGUGCAUUAAAAGAAGCACCAAAAUCUGAAUUUUAUAUACAAGAUAUUGAUAAUGAAAGACGUAAAAAACGUAUUAACAAAUUACAAACAAUUGCAAAUAUAAAUUCACAAAGAUGUUCAGUAUGUCCAUUAUAUGGUGAUGAUUUAUUUAUGGCAUUAAGAAUUGAUAAACCAUCAAAUUGUUGUAAAUGGAAUUCUGGUUGGUUACAUAUUAAAAAUACAAAAAAAUCAUUAAGAACAAGAAAUGAAUAUUUUAGUACAACAAAUACACUUAAUAAUACAAUUAAAACAACUGAUAAAAUUGUUGAUGAUUUAAAGGUAAUAUUUGAUAAAUAUUUAUGUUAUGUACCAGCAGUUACAGCACCAAUGCCACGUAUACAUGUAUCACAUCCAUCACAACAUAAAUAUAAUUCUGAAAAAUAUUAUAAAACAAUAUUUGAAAAAAAAUUAGUUAAAAAAAUUGAUAUAUUACAUCCAAUAAUAUCAUCAAUGAUGACACAAUUUCCUGAUCCACGUUUAAUACAAUAUGAUUGUGGUAAAUUACAAUCAUUAGAUAAUUUAUUAAGAAAAUUAAAGACUGAUUAUCAUCGUGUAUUAUUAUUUACACAAAUGACAAGAAUGCUUGAUGUAUUAGAAGCAUUUUUAAAUUAUCAUGGUUAUAUUUAUUUACGUUUAGAUGGUACAACAAAAAUUGAUCAACGACAAAUACUAAUGGAAAGAUUUAAUAAUGAUAAAAGAAUUUUUUGUUUUAUAUUAUCAACAAGAUCUGGUGGUGUUGGUGUUAAUUUAACUGGUGCUGAUACUGUUAUAUUUUAUGAUAGUGAUUGGAAUCCAACAAUGGAUGCACAAGCACAAGAUCGUUGUCAUCGUAUUGGACAAACACGUGAUGUACAUAUUUAUCGUUUAAUAUCUGAAAAAACAAUUGAAGAAAAUAUAUUAAAAAAAGCUAAUCAAAAAAGAAUGCUUGGUGAAAUGGCUAUUGAAAAUGGUAAUUUUACAACAGCAUAUUUUAAAUCAUCAACAAUACAAGAUUUAUUUAAUGUUGAUAAUGAUGGUGAUGCAACAACAAGAAUGGCUGAUGUUGUACAAUUAAAUAAAGAACGUGAAAAAAAUAGAAAUAAUAAAAUUGAUAAUGCAAUUGCAAGUGGUAGCGGUGGUAGUGGUGGUGGACAACAAGAAGAAAAAAUUGCAAUGGGUGCAUUAGAAUCAGCACUUGCUGCUGUUGAAGAAGAUCUUGAUGUACAAGCUGCUAAAAUUGCUAAAGCUGAAGCUGUUGCUGAUCUUGCUGAAUUUGAUGAAAAUAUACCACUUGAUGAUUAUGACAAAGAUGAUCAACAAAUAUCAAAAGCUGAAUUGGAAGUUCAAACUAUUAUUUCACAGUUAAAACCAAUUGAACGUUAUGCAAUGCAUUUUGUUGAAGAAACAGAAGAUUGUUUUUCAGCAGCUCAAUUGGCAGCAGCUGAAGCUCAACUUGAACAACAAAAACGUGAUUGGGAAAUUGAUCGUUUACGUGCAUUACGUGAAGAAGAAGAUAGACGCAUGAGAAUGACUGAGGAUGAUGAUAAAUCAUUAACAUAUACUCGUGAGGAUGCACAAAAUCAGAUAUGGCUGUCGGAUAAUACAAUGGAAGCAAUGCCUAUGUGGUGUCCGUCAACUCCUCCAACAUCAGAUGAUGAUGUUUAUGUUGAUUUUUCAAUGGAUUUUCUUUAUGAUAGUACACCAAUACCUGAAUGUGAUUUACCACCAGUAUAUAUUAAAAAAGAAUUAAAACGUCCACGUGUUGAAACAACAACAAAUCAAACAACAACCACAACAACAACAACAUCAAUAUCAGCAUCAACAAAUGAUCGUGAUAAUCGUAAAGUACAAAAACGUCAUAAAGAUGAUUCAGUACAUGCACCACGUUCAUUAUUUGAUCGUCCAUCAGCAGCAUUAGUAAAAAUGCGUAGAUAUAAAAAUCACAAAAACAUCGUGGUAAAUAAUAAUGGUAGUAAUAGUAAUCAAAGACCAUCAAUAACAUUGCCUGUUGCUGGUACUGCUGGUGGUGUUAGUGCCAGUGGUGGUGGUGGUAGUACUGGUGGUGUUAAAACAUCAACAUCAAUUGUUAAAAUAAAUGAUUAUGAUUUUAUAUUAGAAUGGUUAAUACAUGAAGACAUAGCAAUAUUACAAACAAUACAAGGUUAUCAAAAUUUAUCACUUGGUCUUGUUAUAAUAUCACCAGGUCAUACACCAAAUUGGGAUCUUGUUUCUGAUUAUGUUAAUAAUACAAGUAGAAUAUAUAGAUCACCAAAACAAUGUAGAUCAAGAUAUGACAGUGUUAUUGUACCACGUGAAGAGGGUAAAUUAUUAUAUGAUACAUUACCUAAAAAACAAAAAAAACAAAAAGGUAUUUAUAAAAAUCAAUUUGAACAACAACAACAACAACAACAGCAACAGAAUCAACAACAACAACAAACAGCUAAAGCAAAUAGACCAAUGCGUACAUCACAAUUAUUUAAUCAAGAUAAAAAUUUAAAUUUUACAACAUUAUUAUGUGCACGUUUUGAUAUGAUUAAAACAGUAUCAAAUAAACGUACACCAGCAGCAAAAUCAAUUAUAACAAAUUCAACUGGUAAAAAUUCAAAACAUGCUAGUGUAUUAGCUGAUUGGGGUAUUAAAUAUGAUACACCAUUGACACCAACUGAAGUUGCAUUAAAACGUGCUGAACGUAUUGCCAAAGAAAAAUUAAAAAAUACGACGACAGAUCAACAACAAUUGGCUGUUCAAAGACUUGCUCAACAACAAGCAGCAGCAGUACAAGCAGCAGCAGUACAAGCAGCAGCUGCAGCACAAGCCGCUGCCGCUGCUGCUGCUGCAUCAUUAGCUCAUCAAGCUCAACCAGUUGUAGCUGCAGCACAAUCACAAACAUCUCGAAUAUCAACACCACCGCCAGCAGUAACAGCAGCAAUUGCAGGAACAACAACACCAACAACAAAUCAAUUACCACAAAUAAAUACAUUGGUAGCUCAAAAAUCUCAAGUUCCAAUGAAUGUAGCAAUAUCAACACCUCAGCAACAGCAACAACAACAACAACAACAACAACAACAACAACAACAACAACAACAACAACAACAACAGCAGCAACAUCAUCAUCAACAACAGUCAACAGUUGUAACAACACCAAAAAUACGUCAAGCAUCAUCAAUUGCAACACAAGAAACAAAUCGUUCACCAGCAACAAUUGUACCAGUUGGUAAUAUACAACAACAACAACAAACUGGUGGACAACGUUUAACAACAACACCAACAAAUAUUGUAGCAUCACAAAAUCAAUCAGUUGUUACACCAAAAGGUGUUCUUAAUGUAACAGUGGCACCAGGUGUUAAUAAUAAAUCAUUAACACAUGGACAAUUACAAUUUCAAUUAAAUCGACAACAGCAACAACGUCAAAGUUUAAUGAAUCAACAAAAAAUAUUAUUACAUAAUCAACAAAGUGGACAAAAAGUUGUUGCAGUUGGUAAUCAACAUUCACGUGCUGCACUUAUGAAACAAGCAACAGCAGCUGUUAAUCAGGGUAUUAUUGAUAAACAACAAAGAUCACAAUUUCCUGAAUUUGCAGCAAUAUUACAAAAAAAAGGCUUAACACAAGCACAACAAAAAGCAGCCAUUGGACAAUUACAAUUAACAAGUAGUGGACAAAAUAUUGUUAGUACAAUUAAUUCAGCAACACAAGCCCAUAUAUUUGCACAAGCUGGUUUACAACAAGCUGGUGCAUCAUCAUCAUCAUCAUCAUCAUCACCAUCAACAACAACUGGUAGUAAUAAUAGUAAUAAUAAUAACAAUAAUUUAUCAACACUUGUUAAAGCAAGUAUGCAAAAUAUAAGAACAGGUACACCAUCAUCAAUACGUUCAUUAUCAGUACCAGCACAAACGUUAGCACGUGGUAAUAAAACAAGUGGACAACAAAAAAUGACUCAAUUAACACAACAAUUACCUGGUAAAAGUGGUGUACAAAAAUUGCUAGUACAUCCACAACAACAACAACAACAACAACAACAACAACAACAACAACAACAGCAACAAUUAAAUACAAAUGUUUCUGUACAAAUGGUUAAAUUUCCAUCAAAUGUACAACAACAAUUUGCUCAUGUAUCAACUGGACAAACAGUAACACAAAGUGGACAAGUUGUAUUAUCAAAAUCACCAAUGCAAGCACGUGUUAUACCAGUUAGUGUUGGUAGUAAUACUUCUUUAAAACAAACAAUGCAAGUUGUUGGAUCAAAUGCACAAUUAAGACAUGUUACUGGUAAACCAAUUGUAACAACUCCAAGAGGUAGUCCUGGACAUGGACAACAAAUUCGAAUACAUCAGUCUUUACAACAGGCACAGCAACAGGUGCAACAACAAUUACAACAACAAGGACAACAACAAGGUCAACAACAACAACAACAACAACAACAAGGAGAUUUACAAAAGUAA